AUGAGCAAAAAGUUCAAGUCGCAGGCUUCCAGCAGUCGUGCAGCUGCCGGGGCCUUUGGGUCAUUUGGGGGUUUCUCAGGUUCUUUUGGAGCAGAUGGGAGGGAGCCGUCUUCAUUGACUUACAUUGCCGAACCACCGGAUCUUUCUCGAAUUUCAGAGCAGCAAUUGGUAAUCGCUUUCAAGAAUUUAUUGAAGAAAGAUGAGACUACACGAACGAAGGCCCUCGAGGAGCUGAGAGAUUAUAUUGUGAAGCUAUCAAAGGCCAAGGGAACUUUGGAUGAUGGCUUCUUAGAAGCUUGGGUCAAAAUAUAUCCCAGAAUCUCAAUUGAUCUUUCAAGACGAGCCCGCCAGCUAGCUCACACUCUGCUGGGCGCAAUUUCUACAUUAGUUGGCAAGAGAAUCGCACCACAUCUUCCCCGUGUCAUAGGCGCUUGGCUUGCGGGCAUAUAUGACAACGAUCGCCCAGUCCAGCGCUCCGCGUUGGAGUCAUUCACCAGUGUCUUCUCGACAGAAGAGAAAAGGAGUAAUGUUUGGAAAUUUUACCAAAGCUCUACUCUGGACUUUAUCGACGAUGUCAUCCUCCACCAGACACCCUUAACAUUGAGUGACGAACGAACAGUUAAGCGAGACGACGCGGACGGAAAGUAUGCUCGCGUCGUGGGAGCUGGAUUAAUGCUUCUGAGCAGAAUACUGGGAAAUUCUCCCGACGACGACCUUCAGCGAAAUCUAGCUGAAAUCGAGAACUUGCUUGGUAGUAAGUCACUGUGGGCCUUUUGCAGUCACGAGGACCCAUUCGUUCGUCGAUCUAUAUAUAUCGUCUUGCGAUCAGCUGUGUCCCGAGAGCCCGCCUGGAUUGAUUGGCAACUCGUUAGCUCAGCUAUCAUCGGAAAGUCGCUUUCUAUUCCACAACUCGGCUCCGCUUCUGAACUAUCUGAAUCUCUCCUGCUCUUAACCGCAUCAAGACCACAGGUAUGGACGAGCGAAUAUACCUCAAAGACUUCAGCGUCGAAGAGGCUUCGCCAGUAUAUCCAAAAGGGAUCACAGGCAGGUCCAGCAAACUUUUGGUCCAACCUGGACAAAUUGCUUCGCCUGAUUCCGCGGGAGGUACUUGCAGGGGCGGAUAAAACAUCUACCGACGAAACCAUCAAAUUGUCGAGCGCAAUGGCUCUUACGGAGGCUUUGCAAGAAGGUCUCAAUUCAAGAGAAGAGCCCCGCCAGAAUCUUAGCACUGGAUGGAAGGCAUAUAUUCGUGUGGCUGCAUGGCUUGUAAUUUUAAUGCCCCAAGAAGAAAGGGUUGAGUUUGUGCAGAGUAGAAUGUCACCCCUGGUUGCUCAGUAUGUGCGACCUAUAGCUGAACUGGCUCAGUGGUCGCUCCCUACACCAAUUGCGCAAGAAAUCUGCGCCGACUUUCUACUGACUCUCAUCUCUCACGAGCAAAGUCACCAACUUGAGCCAUUAUGGACAAAACUUUCAAAUGAUCUGUUGGAAGCUGUGAAGCUUUCGUCCCCCGAACAAUCAAAAGACUUUCGCUCAUCGCAGGAUGCUGUGUGUUCUGAAGCACAGCGCUUAUUUGGCUUAGAGGCUACAGUCAUUUCAAGAGUUACAGACUCAGAAAGUGAAUUGCAAGCGCAGAAGAUAUUUGAGAGAACAAAUCUGUCCCUUCUUGAAGACUGCCUUGAGAUCCUCCGCACCCGCAAUGGUAAACCUUAUGGUGCUGCUGGUGUGGUGGAGGAAUGUGUGCGAUAUAUGCCCUCUAUUGCGAAGGGUUCUAAUGAGCUCAGGAAGUUCGUUCAACAAGAUGUGCCCGAGCUUCUUUUCUCGCCGUCUGGAGAUCGACUGAUUGCAAUCAUUUUGGCAUGUAGGGAGUGGGAAGGGUUUACUUCCAGCUUUGAGACUGUGGUUGAAAGAGCCAUGGACAUGGAGCCUGAGCAGUCAAAUGCACACAUUCUGCAAGUCCUACUUUCUAGCCUUGACUUCAACGAUCUAGGGGACAAAACCAAACUCACUUCGCUCGUCAUGCGUGCUCUAGAUAAUGCCUGCAAAGGAAGCUCUUCUCAUUGGGCAAUCCUUGCAUCGGUCCUUCAAAACCAGACCUCCCGAGGCGAAUUAAUGGAUCAGGUAUUCUUGGCAAUCAUCGAUGCAUUAUCGCAGGAAGAUAGAGCCCUGGAUGUACUGAAUGGCCUUUCUCAUCUCGGCAAGACUGUGCCAUCUGCCAUCAAGGACUUCCAGAAUGGAUCCAAUGGCCCAAAGUUAACGGCAAAACUUCUGUACCUUACAGAAUCCCCUUCGGAAGAAGUCGCUACCCUGACCGAAUCUUUGAUAAAAUCUUUCAAGGAGACGGUUGUUGGUGAUCCAAGCACAUCGUCAAAACUUGAGAUUUUGCGUCAUGAGCUAAGCCACGCAAGCGCAGAAUCUUUAUCCAUUGAGUCUCUUCUGGAGAUUACAAAGGAAUUGCUUGAAGGUAUCGACAGCAAUGCAGACUUCAGUAUCACAGAUAUUCUAGCCCAUCAAAGUGUAUGGGAGGAAGCUAUGGGCCCUUUCCUUCAACUUCCCCCAAGAGCAUCAACGGCAAUCACAAGCCCUAUCAUGGGGGUUGUAAACUUGGUCGAGCGUGAAAUCUCAGAGUCGUUAAAGGCACUGUGGCUUUCUAUUCCCCGAGACUCCGAUCGAUGCACUGUUGCGUUCCGCCUUGCAGUUUUUACCAUCAAGGCGUUGUCGACAUUUGACAUUGCCACACAGUUGAACACAGCAGACAUCACUACUCUCUCCUACUUUUUGCCUUUGGUCAUCCAGUUAAUUGACGAUGAUUUGAGUAUCGAGAAUUCCAAUGGCAUUUCGGGUCUUGAGCUGGCUGACCAGCGCGAAGAUUACUUUGAUAUAGUGUUCCAAGGACGCAAGAUCAUUAGCGACUGGAUCCGUUCACAAGAACCCUUGAAGUCUUCACCAGAGACUACAAUCUCGUCUUGUUUGACUUCUCUCUGGGAAGACAAACUUGAAGCACUCAACGGAACGUCUCCUGCAGAUUACCGGGUAGGACAGGCCUUUGUCAAACUGAUGACGUCUAUGGACGAAAAGCGCAAGCCGCCCGACGAGGUUGCGAAAAUUUGUAGGGAAGCAAGAAGUGUCAAUGGAAUUCGCUCAGCAUCGUGGUUUGCUGUCCUGCGAACUUCAAUUUUGUCUAAUCCUGUCGGCAACCGAAUUUGCAAUGAAUUGGUUGCUGAUUCUACCGGUCUUAAGCCCGAAGAUCCCUCUUCCCAAGGAUUACGAGCAGAGAUCAUGCAUACCUUGGCUUUUAUUCUUCCUGGUCUCGCGGAGAUCUAUGGCUCGCACUGGGAGGAUAUUAUUGAUGCUUUGGGCGUUGUUUUCAAAGACGUCGGAGGUGGGGAGGAGAGUCUUCCUUUGCUUGUGUCUUCUUUCCGGCUAUUUGCGCGUUUUAAGAGCAUGGCAGAAGGCGAAAGCAAUGAUGACCUCCAGGAUGUUUGGUCAGAGCGCAAGGUCGGAAUUUCAAAUGAAUUGGUUUCUACAAUCGCAAAAUUCGAUGCCUCAACCGUAUUCCACCAACCUCGAGAUGUCGCAGUUGGACUUCUUGAUCGUUUGAUCAAUGCUCUUCCGAUUAACAACCUCGAGGAUGUCAGUAGUGUCUUCCACCUUCUGAAUGCUCACAGCCGUUCUGUCCAACGAACUGCAUACACCAUUCUCCACCGCUAUAUCCCCCAAGUUCAGGAACAGGUAUCAUUUGACGUUGCUCUGUCUAAAUCUGCAGUCAGUCUGCCUGAUGAGCUAGUAUCCUUAUUGCUAGAGACACCCACCAUGGACAUGGUGUUGAGGUCUUACGGCGAUGACAAGAUGUGGACCAGCGUGAGAUCAUACCUCCUAAGCUGGAAAGUCGUCUUCGAUCAUUUUACCAACGCAUCUAUUCCCGUGCAAGAAUACUAUGCGACAAAUAUCAAGGAGUACAGCAUCUUAAAUCCGCUACUGGAAUUCAUGUUCAACUUCCUCCAGAAGGCACAGGGUAGAUUGAUCGACGCAUCAAAACUCGAGAUACAGUCCUUCGAGCCUGAUAAUUCGGAAAGCGCCGAAAAAGAGACCCAGUGGCUGUUGGUACACCUGUACUAUCUUUGCUCGAGACAUUUGGCGAACAUGACCAAGAGUUGGUGGAUCGACACGCAAAAACGCAUCAAGGGACCUGUGGAGACCUGGACGGAAAGAUACAUAUCACCACUGGUGGCCACUGAUGCCAUACGAAGCGUCACAGACUGGAUCGCUACACAAGAUCCCAACGAAGAGCGAGCAUUGACUGUGAAAAUUUCCCAACGAACAGCUGAGAUCAUCGCUAGCAUUCCAGUCGAUGAGGAAUCUCCGCCCGUCUCCAUCUCCAUCACCCUUCCCCCAGCAUAUCCCCUUCACUCCGCCAUUGUGGUCGGUCGCAGCCGAGUUUUGGUUGACGAGAAGAAGUGGAAGAGCUGGCUGCUCGUCAUUCAAGGUGUGAUUAUGUUCGCCAAUGGAAACCUAGUUGAUGGGUUAUUGGCAUUUCGACGCAAUGUCCAGGGCGCUCUGAAGGGUCAGAGUGAGUGUGCUAUCUGUUACUCUGUUAUCUCUACGGAUAUGCAGACGCCAAACAAGAGAUGUGCCACUUGCAAGAAUACCUUCCACUCGGUUUGUUUGUUCCGUUGGUUCAAGAGCAGCAACCAGAGUACUUGUCCGUUGUGCCGCAACAACUUCGUGUACGUUUGA